AUGAACAACACCGACCCAUCCCAUCGCCGCGGCGUCAUAGGGGACCCCGAGGGAUCUUUCUGGCUCUACGACUCGACCAAGGGUUUCGAUCUGACACAUCCAGCGACACCGACCUCGCCCUGCCCGACGCCGAACCACACGCUCAAGACCAACACUCUGCCCGUCACCGUCGCGUCGUCCAAGACGGCCCUCGUGAUCGUCGACAUGCAGAAUUUCUUCCUGUCGCCGUCUCUCGGACGGCCCGAGGAUUCGAAGGGCCUCUUCGCGCAGCACCAGCUCCUCACCUACGCCAUCCCCGCGGCCCGCAAGGCCGGCAUCCGCAUUAUCUGGCUGAACUGGGGCCUCACCGACGCCGAGAUCAAAGCCAUGCCCCCGUCGACGUUGCGCGCCUUUGGGUUCGAGACCGUUCUCGCGCCCGAUUUUGAAUCGUACGCCACCGCGUCCGCCAACCAGAAACGCGCCGCCAUCGACUCCCACGGCGUCAACCAGGGCUGCGACUCCUUUCCCGACGCACAGAUCGAAACGUCGUCGGGGAAGAACCCUCGCCUCUACAAAGGCCUAGGUACCGACAUCGGUCCCGUGACAUUGCAAGGCAAAACGACAGUCGACGGAGGUCGAUUAUUGAUGAGAGAUACAUGGAACGCUGACCUUACGUCCGAAUUGCGUGCAUCAUACGAACAAGGCCUGACGGCCAGUCCCCCCGAUGUCUGGAUUCACAAGAACCGCAUGUCCGGCCUCUGGGGCCCGAGGACCAUGUGCACCGAUUUCCUCGAGAAGGAAGGCAUAACCACUCUUCUUUUCGCCGGGGUCAACACGGACCAAUGCGUAGGCGGGAGCUUGCAGGAUGCAUUUUCAAGAGGAUACGACGUGAUUCUUCUCUCUGACGGGGCCGGGACAACCUCCCCGGACAGCAGCCAGGAGAGUAUCGAGUUCAACUGCGCCAGGACGUGGGGAUUCUGUACGACGUGCAAGGAUUUCGCCGAGAGUGUUGGGCUUUAA